CAGAGCACAAACCAAGCAUUUUUAGGUUGAAAUUCAAAUAAGCCAAACCAAGAACAGAGCAUGUUCUCUCUUUCUUGUCUUUCUUCUCCAUUCAGAGUAUCCUCUAAAUGAUUCUUCGAAGAAUUGUUUCUCUCUCUCUUUUUCGUCUUCUUCACGACAUGCCUUCCAUCUCUCCUUCGUCUUAUCAACUACACUCUCAUUGCACCACCGCAACAAACUUCGAUGAGUGCCGUAGCAACAGAACCAACUUCCUAAAUUCCAUGAGAAACCACUGCAGGUCAGGUGAACUCAACAACAUUAAUCAAGCUUUGAACUUGUUUCAUCUUAUGGCUACAAUGAGUCCUUUACCUUCGGUUGUAGACUUUACUUUGUUAUUAGGGUUUAUUGUUAGGAUGAAACAUUACACAAUUGCUAUAUCUUUAGUUAAACAAAUGCAUUCUUCUCUAGGUUUAAAGCCUGAUACUUUUACUCUUAAUGUUGCUAUCAAUUGUCUUUGCCAUUUAAAUUUGGUUGCUUUUGGAUUCUCUGUAUUGGGUACUAUGUUUAAACUUGGUUUUGAGCCAUCUGUGGUCACUUUUACCACUCUUAUUAAAGGGCUUUGUGUUCAAGGUGACAUGGCUCUGGCCGUGGAGUUGGCUGAUCAUAUGGAAAAGUUAGGGUAUCGAUCCGAUGUUCAAACUUAUGGGGUGUUGAUUAAUGGGUUGUGUAAGAUAGGGAAUACUUCGGAAGCGGUUGGGUGGUUAAGGAAGAUGGAGGAAAGAAAUUGGAAGGCUAAUGUGGUUGUUUAUAGUACAAUUAUGGAUGGUUUGUGCAAAGAUGGAUUGGUGUCCGAGGCGUUAGAUUUGUGUUUGGAAAUGAGUAUAAAGGGUAUUCGGCCUAAUCUUGUCACUUAUACUUGUUUGAUUCAAGGUCUUUGUUGUUUCGGACGUUGGAAAGAGGCUGGUUCGUUGUUGGAUGAGAUGAUGAAAACGGGAACAAUGCCGGAUUUGCAGACGCUUAACGUCUUAGUGGAUGCUUUUUGCAAAGAAGGCAAAAUUAUGCAGGCGAAGAGCGUAAUUGGAUUUAUGAUUUUGACGGCUGAAGGGCCGGAUGUCUUUACCUAUAAUUCUUUGAUCGAUAGUUAUUGUUUGCAAAAUCAAAUGAAUGAGGCCACAAGAGUGUUUGAAUUAAUGGUUAGUAGGGAUUGUUUACCGGACAUUGUAGCUUAUACUUCACUUAUUCAUGGAUGGUGUAAGAUUAAAAACAUUAAUAAAGCUAUGCACCUUUUCGAUGAAAUGGUUAAAGCAGGAUUCACUCCUGAUGUUGUCACGUGGACCACUCUUAUUGGCGGGUUUUGUCAAGUCGGUAGACCAUUAGCUGCAAAAGAAUUGUUUUUAAAUAUGCACAAAUAUGGUCAAGUUCCCAAUAUUCAAACUUGUGCCAUUAUAUUGGAUGGACUGUGUAAAGGCCAACUUCUUUCUGAGGCAUUAUCAUUGUUUGAGGCAAUAGAGAAGAGUAAUCUAGAUCUUAAUAUUGUGAUUUAUAGUAUUAUACUUAACGGAAUGUGCAGUGCCGGAAAACUGAAUGCUGCUUGGGAACUGUUUUCCUGUUUGCCUGCUAAGGGUUUACAAAUUAAUGUUUAUACUUAUACCAUUAUGAUUAAUGGUUUCUCUAAACAAGGACUGUUGGAUAAUGCUGAAGAUUUACUAAUCAAUAUGGAAGAGAAUGGCUGCAUGCCUGAUAGCUGCACUUACAAUGUCUUUGUCCAAGGCUUGCUAACAAAAAAAGAGACUGCAAGGAUAAUAAAGUACCUUACAAUGAUGAGAGACAAAGGUUUUUCUGCAGAUGCUACCACCACGGAAAUGAUUGUCAACUAUGUAUCCACUAACAAAGGAGACAACGGAUUUCGAGAAUUUUUGUUUCCAAAACGAUAACACAUUUCAAGAGUUUCAAUAGAUAUUUAUAUUUAUUUAAAUGCAGCCUUUCAGUUCUUUCAUUUUUAUAAUAUGUAGCAUAUUACACAUGACUGAGAACUGGCAUAGGCUUCAAAACUAUUACCAUUCAAGUGCUUCCGCCUGACAAUUAUGCGUCAAAACAGUAGGCCUUUAUCAGAGUUGCUCCUUGGCAUAUUUAGUGGUGAGUAUUUUAGUGUCUUCUUGCACAUUUAUUAUGCCAUUUCCUCAACUCAAUUAAAAUAUCCUAGAAAAAAUUGACCCAUAUUCAUAAAUUAGGCCUUAUUCUUUGUAUUUAUGGAGUUCAGUAACUGUUUACUUAACUAGGGUAUAUAUUACCAUGACUUUAAGAAAGUGUAGCAUUGAAGAAAAGCUCAAUCAACCAUAUUGCUAGGAAAUGACAAUUGACAACCUACAUUUUACAGAGGUAAACUGAAUACAUAUUAAAAUCGCUGUAUGCACUUGUUUAGUUAAAUCCUUCCUGAGGGAAACCCAUAAAGAUUUCGGAAGGUUGCAGACUGAGUUAUUUAUCAUUUGCAUAAGACACUAAAAUCUCAGCUGUAGGGUUUUAUGGAGGGAAUGGCUAGACCAGUUCCACAUCCAGCAGUGAUGCUAAUAAGAGUGUCAAAGACCUCCUAGAGGCAUCCAUCCAGUGCUUUGUUGGCAAAUGUGGAGAUUGCGUGUGCUGGAGAUGGAGUCAAAUUGGAGAAUAGAUAAUUUUCUACCCUUUUGUGUAGUGUACAAAUAGAUUUUUUGGCAUUAGUUUGUUUUUCAUACAUGUAUAAAUUUAUCACUUCCAUAGGAUAGGUAUGGUUCUUCAGUCUUGUUACUUUAAUAUUCACUUCAUUUCAUAGCAAAAUAUAUAUUUAGCCCAGGAUUACAAUUUAUAGUGUCUUUCUUCAAUAUUAUUUAUUUAUUUGUUUGUUUGUCAUUUUCAGAUUUUGUGUUUGCAUUACGCCAGUGUUUGAUGAUUGCAUUCAAGCUUGUUUCAUUAUCUGAUAUCAAGAGGUUUGGAGGAGUAUUGUGAUGAUGUUCAUCGCAGCAAACCACGACACUUUGAUUGAAAGAGCCGGCCGGAAACAGCUCGAUAAUUAAUGCCCCAACUAUAUAUAAUAAAUAUAAUAUUGAUGUCUCAUUUGAAACUGUCUAUUGUAUAUGAUUUAAGUUUAAAAACGCACUUCAUUAAGAAGGCAAAGGUUUGAUUCUUAUUACAAUUUACAAAGGUUUGUCUAUGUAAUCACGUGUUUAGGUUUAUGAAACAUGCCUUGCUUUGAAAGGUUUAACAUAUAUUAAUCGCA